AUGUCUCCAGCAUCAGACUCUGCCUCUUUUUCUCCUCCCCCUCCUACUACUGCUUCUCCCCCUCAUCCUCCUCCUUCACAUUCUCUUUCUUUUCCUCCUCUUUCCCCUCCUCUUUUUCUUCCUCCUCCUUUUCUUCUUUCCCCUCCUUCUCCUCCUCUUCCUCCUACUCAUCCUCCUUCUCCUCCUACUCUUCCCUUUCCCCCUCAUCUUCUCCUCCUUUUCUUCUUCCUCCACCUCCACCUCCGCCUUCUUCUUCUUCUUCUUCUCGUCUUCUCCCUUCUCCUUCGCCUCAUCCUCCUCCUCCUCAUUCUCCUCCUUCUCCUUUUCAUCCUCCUCCUCCUCCAGGUGUACGACAUCAAUGCUCUGCGAGAACGCCUGGAGCAUUACCUGGAAGCCAUGAAUCUGGACAACCGCAAGGUACCUCUGCGCAUGGUCCUGUUCAACGAGGCGAUCGAGCACGUUGUGCGCGCGUGUCGUGCGCUUCGCUCGGACCGCGGCAACAUCCUCAUGGUCGGGUCCGGCGGCUGCGGCAAGGGAACGAUUCUCCGACUGUCCGCCUACGACUCCACAGAUGAGGAAGUGGACGUCUCGCACUUCCAGCGUCGCAUCCUCAUUCGUACUUGGUGUCCAGACCGCGUUGUCCGAGAGGCCAAGAGGUACAUUGUCGAGACACUGGAACAUGUAUUUGUUGAAGAAAACCUUGUCGAUUUGGAAGACAAAGACAUGAACUUCUUGCAGACUUCGGUGAAAUCCACGAACCAGCCUCCCGAGGGGCUGCGUUCUGGACUUGCGAAGACCUUCUCCGACGUCUCGCAGGACUUCCUCGACGCCUGCGUCAGCACCCAGUGGAGAGUGGUUCUCUACGCUGUGGCGUUUCUGCACAGGACGCUGGAAGAACGCCGGAAGUACACGCCGGUUGGCUGGUCGAUUCCGUGCGCGUUCAAUCAGGCCGACUACAGUGCCUCCAUGGAGUUUAUGCGAAGCCACAUUAACGAGAUUGAGUUCGCGAAGAAGAACUUGAAGUCCAGCCUCGUGGGAUCGGCACCGCAAUACCCCCAAGGCAUCAUCGACGAUAUUGCUGGAAUCGCGAAGGUACGUUUGCCCUCAUGUCACACGGCGGGCGCUACAACGCCGGGUCGUGUUGUCUGUGUCACCGCUGUCUAG